GGGCGCCGCAGCUUCCGACCUCAACCUCUCCCUCGGGCGAGGAAGAGACGCGACCCCGUGCGCAUGCCCCGAUCAUCCCAGAGGGGCGGGGCUGAGGCUGCGGGUGCGGGAGGGGGGGAAAGAAAAGGGAAUUCCAACCUGUGGAAUCUUGGGGGGUCCCCGAGGUCGGCUUCUUCCCAUUGACUGUGGAUGGUGCCCGGGACAGAGCCUCUGGUGGCUCGUGGGGGGGUUUGGGGGUCCGCAGGGUGAGGGCGGAGGGGAGUGUCACUGUCAGAGUGCGAGUGCGGUACGGGAGUUCCAAACUUAGUCUUGAGGCCCUCGGGGCUCCGGCGCCGGGGAGAGGGAGCUCGGGCCACCAUGCGCGACAGGACCCACGAACUGAGGCAGGGGGAUGACAGCUCGGACGAUGAGGACAAGGAACGGGUCGCGCUCGUGGUACACCCGGGCACGGCGCGGCUGGGGAGCCCGGACGAUGAGUUCUUCCAGAAGGUCCGGACAAUUCGACAGACUAUUGUCAAGCUGGAGAAUAAAGUCCGGGAGUUGGAGAAGCAGCAGGUCACCAUCCUGGCCACGCCCCUUCCCGAGGAAAGUAUGAAGCAGGACCUGCAGAACCUGCGUGAGGAGAUCAAACAGCUGGGGAGGGAGAUCCGAUCGCAGCUGAAGGCCAUAGAGCCCCAGAAUGAGGAAGCUGAUGAGAAUUAUAACUCAGUCAACACAAGGAUGAGAAAAACCCAGCACGGGGUCCUGUCCCAGCAAUUCGUGGAACUCAUCAACAAGUGCAACUUGACACAGUCCGAAUACCGGGAGAAGAACGUGGAGCGGAUUCGGCGGCAGCUGAAGAUCACGAAUGCUGGAAUGGUGUCUGAUGAGGAGCUGGAACAGAUGCUGGACAGUGGGCAGAGCGAGGUGUUUGUGUCCAAUAUACUGAAGGACACACAGGUGACUCGACAGGCCCUAAAUGAGAUCUCUGCCCGGCACAGUGAGAUCCAGCAGCUUGAACGCAGUAUCCGUGAACUUCAUGAGAUCUUCACUUUUCUGGCUACUGAAGUGGAGAUGCAGGGGGAGAUGAUCAACCGGAUUGAGAAGAACAUCCUGAGCUCAGCAGACUAUGUGGAACGCGGGCAGGAACAUGUCAAGAUUGCCCUCGAAAACCAGAAGAAGGCUCGGAAGAAGAAAGUCUUGAUCGCCAUCUGUGUGUCUGUCACUCUCGUCAUUGUGGCAGUCAUCAUUGGUAUCACCACAUUGGUUUGAGAGCUUCGCACAUUCUUGAUGAAGCCCUAGAUACCUCAGGAAAGAACUCCUCAUUCUCACCAGUGUGCAAACACAACCUGGAUGUCCACUCGCUGGGAAAACUGCGGGGCCAGACGGAUCCUGCCCCACUAGAAGACUGAUUUAGAUACGGGGCCUCCGGGCUUCCCUAAUUCUCCAUCUCUUCCCCUGCGGCCUGCAUCUUCAGCGGAAUUCUGCCCUAUUGGUCGCCUUUGUCCACCCCCUCACCUUUCUGCCUUCAGAGGAAAACUGCACAACCCACUGGCACCUACUGGGAUCUGAUAGAGAUGAUCAGAUCUAUGCCGGGACUGCGUCACAUCUACGCACCUGGAUGUCAGUGUGCGGUAUGUGACCUUGUAUUGGCUUUGCUGGACAGCGCCACCCCUGAAAGCCUGCUUACCUGUCUCACCCAGGAAGUGGUCCAGAACCUCCUGACAGACGUAACUAGAUGGCCGAGUGAGGCCUUGGAUGCCAGGCCCAGUAGUUUGAACUUUUCCUGGGGGCUAGGGGACACAUGGAAGGUUUUUGAACAGAUGAGUGGCAAAGUUUGGGACAGACCUAGCAGUCAGGUGGACCCAUGCACUGGAGAUUUCACAGGCUCCCCUGUGUAUACCCUUUCCCUGCGGGGAGCUGACCUAAAUGAGGAGUUAAGGGCAGGUUUUGCACUGAAAUCCUGUCUUUGCUGCUCUCAGCCCAACUUUCAGGGAACAGGGUCUUGGUUGGGUGUGGCUUUUCCAAAUCCAUCUUGCAUCAUAACUUUUCAGCUGUAGCUCUCCCCGCUUAUUGCCUCAUUGACUCGAUAUUUUAUGGUUCAGAUUGCCAGGAAAAAGAACCUGACUGGUCUGGGUCAGGCUACUUUGACCAGCCUAUAAAUUGAGCUCGAGGGCGCCUGGGUGGCUCAGUUGGUUAAGCGACUGCCUUCGGCUCAGGUCAUGAUCCCAGAGUCCCGGGAUCGAGUCCCGCAUCGGGCUCCCUGCUCGGCGGGGAGUCUGCUUCUCCCUCUGACCCUCCUCCCUCUCAUGCUCUCUGUAUCUCAUUCUCUCUGUCUCAAAUAAAUAAAUAAAAUCUUUAAAAAAAGAAAGUUACUAAAUUGAGCUCGAGUCAAGACUUUACCCUUGACCACGAUGUAUGUGAAGUGUUUACAUGGUACAAAACACUGCCGCAGAGUGUGUAUAAAGGAGGAGUGGACGGGCUCAGUGAUUGACAUUUCUUGUGAUAUCACAGCCCUGUGAUAGACUGUAGUAUUGUUCCAAAUAUAUACUGUCCUUUCUACUGGAUCACUCACUAUAGGAUUAUAUCCGUUCGUGCCCCACUUAUAGUAGGCUUGGCUAUAUGUCUUGCUUUGGCCAAUGGGAUGUGAGUAGAAAUGUAAAGUAUCACUUUCAGAUAUUUAAGUGUCAGUAAGUAGCCUGGCAGCUUGCCUUUUCUUUUCCCACUUGCUGCGAACCACUGAUAUUUGGAGAAUAGUUGUUGCCACAUCAGAAUAAGUCUAAACCAACUGUCACAGAACUAGUACCCAGAAGUGCGUGCUACCACAUUAAAAAUGAAUCUGAAUUAUGUGCCAUUGGCUCUGGAGCUAGGCAGCGGCUGAUGAGGAAACCAUUAGUGGAAGCUGGAAAGAUGGUGAUAUGUGUUAGGCAGUAGUGAAGCAUUUGGUUAAAUGGUAGGCUGGAAAUAAGUAAGAAUAUAAAUAAUGUCCAAAUGAGCUUGGGGCUUUAGGGAAAAAAGAAUUUGAGAAAGAAUAUUAGUAGCAUGACUUGAUUGCUUUGGGGGUACAUUUGACAAGUUACUGUAAGAAAGAGAUGACUCCGAAAAUAAUUGGCCAGUUUUUAGGCAGAAAUGGAAGAGAUGGGCGCGUGGGUGGCUCAGGUCUGCCUUCAACUCAGGUCAUGGUUCCAGGGUCCUGGGAUUGAGCCCUGCAUCGGGCUCCCUGCUCCGCGGGAAGCCUACUUCUCCCUCUCCCACUCCUCCUGCUUGUGUUCCCUCUCUCGCUGUGUCUCUCUCUGUCAAAUAAAUAAAUAAAAUCUUAAAAAAAAAAAAAAGAAAUGGAAGAGAUUAUAGAAACUCCAUGAAGGUGAUCUACAUUUUUAACCAGUGAAAGAUACAGUUGACAAGGCCCUUAAGCUGAAAAGGUUGAGUGAAAUUAAUCUUUGUGGCAAGGGUCUUAUCAAGUGUAUGACUCUCAUGCCUUUUGUAGAAACUUCUGAAUUGGUCAGAGUGGUUCCCAGUAAAGCCUUUCAGUUAGUCAAGGUAAUUCAGAAAAGUGAGAUUAAGAGUGCAAUUCCCAAAGGAGUUAGUAGGUUCCAUUUGCUUACAAUUAAGUCUAAAGAGAGAGGCAUGUCCGAAGAGAAUUGUGGGUUUGGCAGUUAGCCCAUAGAACUGACUGGAAUCAAAUAGAUAAGAAGCUGCUUUCCCUCCACACAAAAAGCCACUAGGUUGGAUUUUUUUUUUUUAAGAUUUUAUUUAUUCACUUGAGACACAGAGAUACAGAGAGGGAGAGAGAGAGCAUGAGCAGGGAGAGAGGCAGAGGGAGGAGGAGAAGCAGGCUCCCCGCUGAGCCAGGAGCCUGAUGUGGGGCUCGAUCCCAGGACCCUGGGAUCAUGACCUGAGCCGAAGGCAGAUGCUUAACCAUCUGAGCCACCCAGGCACCCCCACUAGGUUGGAUUUUUAAAAGACCAUGAAUGUUCAAGACCUUGAGGGUUCCCAAAUUUCUAUGGGCAUAAAGGAGACGGAAAGCUGCUUUGCCUCAGAAGGGCAUAACCUCCAAUGUUUUCUCAAAUGUGGCCAGGGAGAAUAAAUGGGAAAGGAGGAGCUACUCUAUGGGAACUAGGGAACUAGUCCCAGGAAGCAAUCCCACUCCCAGGUAAAGGUGGGGGGCCUUUGCAACAUCUGCUUAGCAGGAUGUUGCAAUUACUGUGGACCAGUAAGUGCUGUGUGUCUCCCAUUCUUCCUUCUAAAUGGGAGUGUUUACUGCUAUUAUCCUGUCCCUGUUCCACUUCAUAUGUUGGAUGUGUGUGGGGAGGUAACUUGUGAUGAUGGUGAUGAUGGUGAUCAUUUUGGUUCAUAGGUCUCUGGCUCAAGAGAAGCCGCCUCUGGACCUGAUACAGAGACUAUUAGUGGUCCUGGACUUGAGUCUGAUGCCAUGAUUAGAUGGGUCAGUUGGGUGGUCUCCCUGGGGAAGGAUAUGUGUUUAUUUUGAUGUAGAAGAAACACAAA